GUAAUGGUGUGGUGGUCCAUCUCGGCCAGUUUUUUGAGGAGAUCGAAAAGAACGAGGCAAAGGGACUGAAGGAUUGGAAAGAUCGCCUCCUUGUUUCUGACAGAUCUCAUAUUGUUUUUGAUUUCCACCAGAGUGUAGAUGGUCUUCAAGAGCAAGAGAGAUCCAAGGAUAACUCUGGCACGAAAACCCUGGGUACAACGAAGAAAGGUAUUGGUCCUUGCUAUUCAAGCAAGGCUGGGAGACAUGGCUUGCGGAUGGCUGACCUGCUCGGAAACUUUAGUGUCUUUGAGCAGAGACUGAGAAACUUAGUUGACUCGCACAAAAGAAUGUUUCCUGAGUUGCAAGUGGAUGUAGAAGAGGAAGUAGCUAAGUACAAAAAGUAUGCAGAACGGAUGCGUCCCCUUGUCACCAACAGCAUUGCUUACAUCCACAAGUGUCUCCAUAGCAACAAAAAGGUCUUAGUUGAAGGUGCUAAUGCUGCUAUGCUUGACAUAGACUUUGGUACUUAUCCCUAUGUAACAUCGAGUAACUGUACUAUUGGAGGGGUAUGCACAGGCCUUGGAAUCUCUCCUUUGUACAUUGGUGAGGUCUAUGGUGUAGUUAAGGCCUAUACGACAAGAGUUGGUGUAGGGCCUUUCCCCACAGAACUCAAGGAUGGUAUUGGGGAGCUCUUGCAGAAGAGAGGAGCAGAGUUUGGCGUGACCACUGGAAGGCCGAGACGGUGUGGCUGGCUGGAUGUUGUCUUGCUCAGACACACCAACAUGGUCAAUGGCUACUCAGCUAUUGCCCUCACAAAACUAGAUAUUUUAGACCACCUGAAAGAAUUGAAGAUUGGUAAUGCCUACAUUAGAAGAAAUGGAGAGAAGAUUGAGCACUUCCCAGCUGACAUGGGAGAGCUAGAAGAUAUCACGGUUGAGUACAUCACAUUGCCAGGAUGGGAAGAAGACACAUCCCAGUGCCGCACAUUUGAAGAGCUGCCUCAGAAUGCCAGAAAUUAUGUAGAAAAAAUUGAGGAACUGAUUAAUGUGCCUGUUAAAUGGAUUGGUGUUGGCAAAUCCCGAUCCUCAAUGAUCACGGUUUUCUAGGAACAUGCAGCUCCAGAAAAAGAAAUAAGGACUAAUUGUGGACUGAAAUUGACAUCAGGUGAAGAAAAGACAAAAAUAGAAUACAGCAUAACAGAGAGACAACAUGUGUGUAUUUUAUGUAUAGUUUGUAAGUGUGUUAAACUUGAAGAGCAUUUAGAAUUGAGUUUCAAGCUAUGACUGAGUAGGAUAUAGUUAUGGAUAAUCAGAGAGAGAAUAAAAUCUUGGUUUUGAACCUACUGAAAAUUAGCAUAGUUAUGAUAUAGGCUAUUUGCCUUUACAUAGAGAAUGCUUGCAACAAACAUAAGCCAUAAUGCCUUCUGUGAAAAAUAGCUGCAUUUGUUAGACUCAAAUUAUCUGAAAUUUUCCUGGAUGCUAAGAAGUAAGGAUUUUUUAAAUUUUAAAGGACUUUCAUGAACUCUUGAUUGAUUUUUUAUUGGUUAUUUUAAUACCAUUGUGUUUAGUAUAAGAGAUGAUUUGACUGGAGUAACAGGUUUAAGGAAGAAAUUGUCAGGAGUCUUAUGCAGGUGCUGUUAAAGGUUGUUAAAAACUUACAAAGGAGGAAUACAUAACACAAAAUGUGAAAUGGAUUCAUGAUGUUUACCACCUUGUUUUAUUUAUGUGCUGUUUGUGUUGUGUUUUACACUCGUUUUAAUAAGACCCUUAAAUUCACUGUUGAUUAUCUUGUUUCUUUUUAUGUCCAUGGUUCUGCUACUAUUUUCCUUUGUUUGUCUAUUGUUGUAAGUUUCAAAUUUGUGAACGUUUUAUCCUUAAGAUUCAGAGAUAUGAUAUCUUUAUUGCAUUUAUUGUUAUAUGCACAUUAGUCAACAACAAUGUCCGCAAGUCCGGCAGUGUUGACCUAUAAUGACUAUUGGUAUUAAGAGGAUAUGGAAGUUGUGUUUUUCAUAACUAUUAAUUAGGAGGUAUAUAAUUAUGUAUGAUGUUUUUUUUUUCUCUCUUAUAAUGGAGAUUUAUUGACUAUCUUUUGUGUUGCAUUUGUGUUUUCAGCUGUCACAGCUCUGGUAAAUGUUGGUGAUGAUUACUUCAGCCAACAGAGUCUGAGGGAUGGAUGCAAGAAGUCUUAACAGUAUGCAUAUCUGACUUGACGUCUGCUGUGAUACAGUUUUCAGAUACACUGACACAAAGUUGGUUCUUUGAAACCAGUUUUUAAAACCUUAUUUUCUUUUUUUUUUUCUUAAUAAACAAAGACAGCUAAAGAUAAAUUAUUUUAUUGCA